UAAAUUUCUUAAAAAGAGUUUAAUUUUAAAAAAAAAGCUGUCCAAAUUGUUAUGGGCAAUGUAGAAGAAUUGUAACGGCCCAUUUUCUUGUCCUCAAACCCGGUCCAAUCCAAAGUAUAACUCUUUGUCGGAUCAUUUAAUUCCAGCUAACCAAAAUCCCUUCUCUGAGAAGAAAAAACCCGCCAAACUCCUCCGUUUUGAAUGCUACUCCCAGUCGAAUAUUCACUUGUCAAAUCUCCCGUCGCAUCCCUCCUCAUAUUCACCGAUCACUGCCACGUGUGGAAUUUAUGAUCGCGCGUCGUAUCAGAGCGGUAAUCCUCGGGAGCAGGUCUCGGUUUCCCCUGCAAAAUUGUAACCCAUUCCAUUCAUCCGCAGCGUCGAACCCUAGAUUCUCGAAUUCAUUCGUCGAUGAUGACGAAGGAGGCAGCGCGGUUUACAGACUCGCGCUUAAAUUCCAGCGGCCGACGACGGUAGUAGUGCAGCCUCGGUUGCGGAACCAUGUCAGCUUCAUAGGAACCGUGGAUCGUCCUCUCAGAGUUAUGAACACUAAGACCGAUAACUUUGGGGUUCACACCUUGCUCAAUGUCAAAAACCCCCAUGAUUCCGAUCGGAAAUUCAAGAUAUUACUGUUUAUGUGGAACGAUAUGGGUGAAAUGUGUGUGAAACAUGUGAAGCCCGGUGAUUUAAUUUAUGUUUCAGGGCAUUUAGUGUCCUUCUCUAAGGUUAAUGAAGAUGGGCAACGCGUUAUAUGUUACCAGGUAAAUGUAAAAGAGUUGAAUUUUGUUGCACAACAUGGUCAAAGAUCACCCUCCCAAAAAUACAAGGAACUACAAUCAGAACAAGUAAAAGAUGUAGGUGAAGCUGGUAUGGAGAGGUACGAAAGGCAACUUUACUUGUGGCAAGUAUUUUUUACCAACCCAUUUGAAUGGUGGGACAAUAGGAAAAGUAAGAAAAAUCCACGGCAGCCAGAUUUUAAGCACAAAGAUACUGGUGAAGCUCUCUGGCUGAGUCCCAAUGAUCCUCCUUGGAUCAAAAAGCAACUUGAGCUGCUUGAUUCAAAAUUGGCUGAAGGGUUAGGUGAUCAUGUAAGUUCUCGUUAUCGUGUAUCUGAAUGGGUCUAUGAUGAGUAGGAUAAAUCUGCAGGACCUGAAGAGGAGGGGGAGCAGCUAAUAGUAGUGGAGGCUCACUACAGGACAGCUACAAACUUAUAUUAUCAGCCAAAUGCUAAGAAAGAUUUUUAACCUUAGCCUUCAAAUGAAGGACAGUGAAGGGGAUUAAGGUAAUUGUACAGCUAGAGCUCUGUGUAUGACUAGGAAUUUGGUAAUUCUGAUACUGUACAGCACGUCAGAGGUAUCACUACUAGUUUUCUUUGGUUGAAAUGUAUUCUUGUGGAAAGUAUUGUGUUAAGUUUAUACUACAACAGACCAAAACUUUUGUUAAGACAUGUAGCAGGUAAAUGCGAAAUCUUAGUACACUUUUGCAUCAUU